AUGGAGUCUGGAAACAAACCUUUGAAGAGGUUUGGUGCUCACUCGAUUCCAGAAACAAACAAGAAAUCUGGACUCGGUUUGAACGUGGGAAUUCACCGGGCUUUAUUAUCAGAAAAUGUGAAUCUCAUCAAACAUGGGGAGAAUCCAUAUUUGUCCCAUCAGGGGCAGGCUAAGAGUGCUGGAGACUCGAAAGUAAUGAAGCGUUAUCGCAGGGGUUUAAAAUUUCAUGAGCCAGGUGCUUUGUCGAAAGAAUUGGACGAGAAAAGAGCCUUUGCAGUGCAACAGAAGGAGCUUAAGAAAAAGCAUGAAGAGAUUGAAAGAGAUAAAAUACGAGCGGGAGAAUUGCCAGAUAUAUCAAUUGGAGAGCAAAAUUAUCUAGUGGGAAACGUACCGCAAGUUGAAUGGUGGGACGCAGCAUAUUUGGAAGAUUUGAGUACAUGGAGCAUCAGGGAAAGAUACACUGGAGACAACCUGAACAUUUCAGAAGAUGACGACGACGAUGACGACGACGACGAUGAUGACGAAAAUGAUAACGCAGAAUUAAAAUCACCCUCUAUUGGCUACGUUCAGCAUCCUGUGCCUAUACAACCACCCAAUUCGGUACAAGAAUCAAUAGUGCCUCGAAUUAGGCUGACAAAACGCGAGCAGAAGAAAGUACGUCGGAACCGUCGAAAGCUCUUGCGGGAAGAGCACGAGGAGAAGGUACGUCUGGGGCUUGAGUCCAAGCCGGAACCAAAGGUCAAACUCGCCAACAUGAUGAGCGUUUAUCAAAAUAGUGAAAAUAUCACGGAUCCGACCAGCUGGGAACAAACUGUGAGGUCUCAGGUCGACGAACGAAAUCGCAUUCACGUUGAAACGAACAUUAGGCGUCAUCUUGAGGCCGUAGAGUACAAACGAGAAGCUGGCUCUGGCAGCAGCGCUCCAUCUACGACCACGGAUUUGCAUUGCAAAGUUUUCCGAUUUUCGAGCUUGCGGAACCCAAAAAUUAGAUUCAAGCUGGCGGCUAAUAGCCGGCAGCUCAAGAUGCGUGGAGUAUGUUUGCGAGUAGGCAAUGAUGGCCCAGGUAUUCUGAUUGUCAUUGGCUCUGAAAAAAAUUGUCGAUUUUACUCUAAGUUGGUACUGCAGCGGCUACAUUGGGCAGAAGAUUUUAUAGAUCCCGACAACGGUCAGCUAAUUGAUUGCCGCAACGAGAGCGUUGUCCUCGCAUGGGACGGUGAACUCAAGGAAACAAAUUUUCGUGGAUGGUUCAUGAAGGAAUGUGGUUCGAAGGGUGAGGUGAAACAUGUUCUCUCGCAAUUAGGCUCCGAAUACUUUUAUGGGCUCUUAGAAGUGUAG